GCUGUAAUAGUGAGCGCUCGCGCGGUCUCACACACGCACGGGCUCUGAGAGCGCGAGCGCAGGCUGAGGCACUGAGGCGCGUGAGAGAAAAGUCUUAAUAACGUCUUUAACUUUUUCUGUUUAAUUAAAAACACUACAAACCGUGAGCGCGCGCUCAGCCCGCGGCUUCCCAUCGCCCGGAAACGGAACGCCGUCGCUGUCAGAGCGGAAUCUUUCCUCAGAUUUCACUUUCAGUCUUUAAUGAAUCAGUGAGUUAGCUGCGUGCUAACGGUACCGCGCGCGAGCGGCGUCCUGACGGAGUUUAUGAGUGAAGUUCUAGACUGAAAGCGACGCGAGUUUACACGGAACCCGAGCAGCAGGAUGUUCACUUGGGCCAACAAGGACGGGAAGAAGAAAGACCCGGAGCUGUUCCAGACGGUGGCGGACGGACUGAAGCGGCUUUACCGGACCAAGCUGCUGCCGCUGGAGGAGGCGUACCGCUACCACGACUUCCACUCUCCGGCUCUGGAGGACGCGGACUUCGAUAACAAGCCCAUGGUGCUGUUAGUGGGUCAGUACUCCACCGGGAAGACCACCUUCAUCCGACACCUGCUGGAGCACGACUUCCCCGGCAUGCGGAUCGGACCCGAGCCCACCACCGACUCCUUCAUCGCGGUGAUGCACGGAGAGCAGGACGGGCUCGUGCCCGGAAACGCGCUGGUGGUGGAUCCGAAAAAACCGUUCCGCAAACUGAACGCCUUCGGAAACGCCUUCCUCAACAGGUUUGUGUGUGCUCAGCUGCCCAAUCCCGUGCUGGAGAGUAUCAGCAUCAUCGACACGCCGGGAAUUCUGUCGGGAGAGAAGCAGAGGAUCAGCCGAGGUGCGUGCGCUAACAUUUCAUCACUACUUAAUGUUCAUCUGCCAUUUUAAAGCUCCACCCAAACA